AUGAAAUCUGAAUUAAGCAAUUUAAAAGCAAAAUGCACAGUCUUAGAAAAAGAAAAUAUCCAUUUAAAAGAAAAGUACAAAUCACAAGAAAUAGGUUUCAGAAAAACAAUCAAAGACCUCGAAAUCACAAUUAAAGACCUUGAAGCAGAACUCAGAAAUAACGAAAUAAAGUUUAAAGCAGAAUGUAAAGAACUU